AUGGCAGCAAAUGGAAACUAUGUCGUCAUCUUCUCUGUUUUUCUGUGGGCAUUGCUGGUGGUCACAUGGGCUAGAACAACACGCAGACUUGAAGAAGACAUGACAUGCAGAUCAUGCUUGAAUGAGAUUACUAAGCUGAAGGAGACAGUCAGUCAACUAACAAGCACACGCUCUGUCAAAGCUGCUGCUGCUGCUGACACUCCUGUUGCUAACCUCUAUGGUCCAAAUACAGGACCACAGGCAAUGAAUGCUGGAGAGGCCUUCACCAACUGGUUAACCACCAGCGGUUCCGAUUUCUCCCCCAUUCUACAAGGUGGAAUGACCUACGAAAAUGGCAACAUCACAGUACCCCUAGAUGGAGUCUACUAUGUAUACGCUCAAGUCUACUACGCACCACAACAACGAGAAUCAGAUUCAAACUGUGGAAUGGCAAUUUAUGUUAACAACCUCCAAUGGAUUCAAGUCAGUGGCCAACAUUUCAGUAAUGGAGUUCGAGGACUCAAUACUCAAUACAAUGGACACGCAAAAAGGCUCACUGCAGGAGACAAGCUUAUACUAAAAGCCAGUGAUUUUUGUACCUUCUACUUUGGAAGUAUUUACAAUGUGUUUGGUGCCUUCCUCAUCAACUGAGACGACACGUGAAGGUGUGCACCUCAGACAUACAACACUUGAGCUUGCAGUUAGGUCUUACUCUCAGCUUUCUGUUUAGAAUUACGUACACUUUUGCUGGCAUAUAUAGGCUGUCAUGCUGCUUUAGAAAUAGACCGUAGUGAUGCUUA